AUGCUCGCUCUACUUUUACUUCUUGUCAACGUCUACGAUACGUACAAGGCACUCAAAGCAUCUUCGCGGUUGUCAGCGCGUGCUGGUGCUCAUAGAAAGCGAACGAUGAAGGGUUGCAUGUGCACAUGGGUUGUUUGGGGGUCUUGGUCCCUCCUAGAAAACUUUGGGGAUCGUACAUUUGGAUGGGUAAUACCAUUUUAUGGAACGGGAAAGAGCGUACUACUUGUUUUGCUCAUCCUUGGACGGACAAGGGCCACCGAACCUAUCUAUUUAUACCUUCUUCGGCCAGCGAUCAAG